UUCCCAUAUUUCGCUUUGUCUUAUUUUGUCCAUCUUCAAGCUCUGACCUUUCGGAGCCAAAAAUAAUAAUAAGAACAACUCCCAUAAGACCCUGUUUGGAAAAGACGCAGAGAGCUAUGCAUAGAGGUAUUGGUUAAGAAAACAGUUGAGCAUCAUCAAUCUGUUUUUCUCAGUUUGCAGGCAAACAUGUCGUGCACUUACACCUGCAAUUCCACACCAUUUUCCUUAGCUCUCUCCCUUGCUUCCUCUACAAGAUCCAGAUUCGCUUCCAAGCCCCGAUUCCAAUGUUCUCUUGGAGGGACUGUGGCAGAACCCAAAAUUGCCCCUGUCACUGAGCCCCUUUUGCUUAACGCUGUUCGUGGGGAAGAUGUUGAAAGACCCCCAGUUUGGCUCAUGAGGCAAGCAGGGAGGUACAUGAAGAGUUAUCAAAUUAUCUGCGAGAAGUAUCCUUCAUUUCGUGAAAGAUCAGAGAAUGUUGACCUUGUAGUGGAAAUCUCAUUACAGCCUUGGAAUGUUUUCAAACCUGAUGGGGUUAUUUUGUUCUCGGACAUUCUAACUCCUCUUGCUGGGAUGAAUGUACCAUUCGACAUUGUGAAAGGAAAGGGUCCUGUCAUAUUCAAUCCUCUAGGCACAGCUGCUGAUGUUGAUCAAGUGAGAGAAUUUGUUCCUGAAGAAUCGGUUCCAUAUGUCGGGGAAGCAUUGACAAUUUUGCGGAAAGAGGUAGAUAAUAAAGCAGCAGUGCUAGGUUUUGUCGGGGCUCCUUUCACUUUAGCAUCAUAUGUGGUUGAAGGUGGCUCAUCAAAGCACUUCUCGAAGAUAAAGAGAUUAGCUUUCUCUCAACCGAAGGUCCUUCAUGCAUUACUUCAGAAAUUUACCACUUCCAUGGCAAAAUAUAUUCAAUACCAAGCUGACAAUGGAGCUCAAGCUGUUCAGAUCUUUGAUUCAUGGGCCACAGAACUUAGCCCUGUGGAUUUUGAGGAGUUCAGUCUGCCAUACUUGAAGCAGAUUGUGGAUACUGUUAAACAAACCCAUCCAGAUCUCCCUCUAAUACUUUAUGCAAGUGGAUCUGGGGGCUUGCUUGAAAGAUUGGUUUUGACAGGUGUUGAUGUAGUUAGUUUGGAUUGGACUGUUGAUAUGGCUGAAGGUAGAAGGCGACUGGGAUCAAAUAUACCAGUUCAAGGUAAUGUGGAUCCUGGUGUUCUUUUCGGUUCAAAGGAUUUCAUCACUGCCCGAAUAAAUGAUACUGUAAAGAAAGCCGGUCGAGGGAGACAUAUUUUGAAUCUUGGCCAUGGAAUUGUAGUAGGUACACCUGAGGAGAAUGUUGCUCAUUUCUUUGAGGUUGCUAAAGGUCUCAGAUACUGAAACCGCAUUCAAGAUUAAUUCAAUUUCUUCUAUGUUUCUCUGUAAUUUUUUAGAUAAAAAAUUUCAAGCCCUUGAUUCAUAUUUUGGUUAAUAACAAUGGUAGAAGAAAUACAAAAGGCCUUCUUGUAAACAGGUCAAACUUCUUGUGAACAAGUUAGGAAUGGCAUGAAGCUGGUGUAAUAUAAAUGAGGUUAUUGUUUGAGCAGUUCUAGAGCAUAAAGUUCCUAAUAAGAUUGAUAUCCUUAAAAAAAUAUGGAUUUCUGUUGCA